GGGUGUCCAAGCCGGAGAGGACACUCUGCAGAACAGGACGCACUAGAUUGAUUACUUUGGUCUUCUCUUUUGAAUUUUACUCUUUCAUCCGGUUUUGGUGUUAAAUUGCUCAAGGUUUAAAGUUGUCUUUUGAGGGAGUUUCACGUGUCUCCUUUUGGCACCAGACGCAUCUGUCACCGACUGCCACUGGGUGCCAGGAGCUGUCAAAGUCAUGCCGGCCGGGUUUCAGCAGCUGGGAGGGGAGACAGUGACUGGAACCCUUGCGCUAUCUGUCUUCACUGCUGUACUGGGAUCUCUGGAGUUUGGAUACAAUAUUGGUGUCAUUAAUGCACCCCAGAAGAUCAUUGAGGAGGACUACAACGCUACAUGGGUGCACCGGUACGGCGAACCCAUCCCCAAAGGGACCCUCACCUCCCUCUGGUCUCUGUCUGUGGCCAUCUUCUCUAUCGGGGGCAUGAUUUCGUCUGUCUGCGUGGGUUUUGUCUCCGAGUGGCUGGGCAGGAGGAAAGCCAUGCUCAUAAACAACUUGUCUGCCUUCAUUGGUGGAAGUCUGAUGGGGAUGUCCAAGCUCUGUCGCUCCUUCGAGAUGAUGAUUCUUGGACGAUUCAUCAUCGGGGUUUACUGUGGGUUGGCAUCAGGCCUGACCCCCAUGUACGUGGGGGAGAUUGCUCCAACGAGUCUUCGAGGGGCACUGGGCACGCUGCACCAACUGGCUAUAGUCACUGGCAUUCUCAUAGCACAGAUCCUCGGCCUGGAGCUAUUACUGGGCAGCCAGGACUUGUGGCCUGUGCUGCUGGGUUUAACGGUUGUGCCCACUGUACUUCAGAUGGCUCUGCUGCCAUUCUGCCCUGAGAGCCCCCGAUUCCUCUACAUCAUUCGCUGUCAGGAGCAUCCUGCUAAAAGAGGUCUGAGGAGGUUGACGGGCAGGCAGGAUGUGGGCGACAUGAUGGCAGAGAUGAAGGAGGAGAAGAGGAGAAUGGACAUGGAGAGGAAGGUGUCCAUCUCGGAGCUGUUUCGCUCUUCACUCUACCGCCAGCCCAUCAUCAUCGCCAUUAUGCUGCAGCUCUCCCAGCAGUUAUCUGGGGUCAAUGCAAUUUUCUACUACUCCACCAGUAUCUUCAUGAAGGCAGGAGUCCAGAGUCCAGUCUAUGCCACAAUAGGAACCGGUGUGAUAAACUGUGCCUUUACAGUGGUCUCACUCUUCCUGAUAGAGAGGAUGGGUCGACGGACACUCCACAUGCUAGGACUAGGAGGGAUGUGCAUCUGUGCCAUCAUCAUGACUGUGGCUCUUGCUUUAUUGGACAGUGUACCUUGGAUGAGUUACAUCAGCAUGCUGUCCAUCUUUGGUUUUGUGGCCUUCUUUGAGGUUGGACCAGGUCCCAUCCCCUGGUUCUUUGUAGCUGAGCUAUUCUCUCAGGGUCCAAGGCCGGCUGCCAUGGCUGUGGCCGGCUGCUCCAACUGGACAGCCAACUUCAUCAUCGGAAUGUGUUUCCAAUACAUUGCUGACCUUUGUGGCCCAUACGUCUUCCUCAUCUUUGCAGUACUUCUCCUGUUCUUCCUCAUCUUCACAUUCUUACGGGUGCCAGAAACACAGGGAAGGACCUUUGACCAGAUUGCAGCAAACUUUCACCAGCACUCGGCAGGGAUGAUAGAUAUGGACCUGGACCUAGACUUGGAUCAGGACAAGCCCAGCACUGAGCUGGACUACUUGGGGGAGGAAAGCAUCAACUGAAGAGUUGGAACCGAGCACAGCUUGGGAUGAACUGUGUAUACAGGCCUGAAUCCAAAUUUUUAUCUGGCAUGUACAGUGGCUUCAGAAAGUAUUCAGACUCCACUUCUUGCACACUUUGUAGAAUCAUUUCUAAAUUGAUAAAAUUUACAUUUCUGCUCAUCAGUCUACACUCAUUAAUCUGAGUUUUUAGUAUACUGAGGUCUUGAUGUAGCCUCAUAGUGUGGUGUCAAAGCAGUGCUAAAGGUGUGUAACAAUUUGGGUUCUUUGGAAUUAUUCUUUCUUGGUACCACUGCUUUAUAAGCUUAUUUAAGAAUGACUUAUCAAAGGCUAAAAACCUAUGGAUUAAAAGUUGACUACUGUAGUUUUAAGUAAUGUGAUGCAAAUAAGGACACAGUGCCUGGACUGUUGAGGCACCGACUGACUGCCAGUGGAGUAGGAUUUUAUUCCAUGGUGAGGCACUCUGCAGUAAUGUUGGAAUUCCUUUGUCUCUCAAGUAAAGGUCUGGUUUUGUGUUUAGAUGUUUGGCUUUUUUGAUAAGGGCUUGCAGAAAAAUGUAUUCCUCAAAGUUUGGGAGGCUCAAGCUAUCACUCACUUACAUAAAAGGUGCUGUGUGAUGGUCUAAGUUUAAAUUCCUUACACAGCCUAGUUAUUUGGUUUUAUAAACCCCAGUCUGUGAUGGAAUAGUGCCUGAUUUGCAAGCUAUAAAGAGUAGAUUCUCUUGUAGAUGAUUUUAUGUCACAAGCAUUUGUGUAUUUU